AUGACAAUAUAUAAUAAAACAAUUCAAUCAGUUAUUCAUGCAACGAAUACUAAAUAUACUGAUUUUUCAAUUGAGAUUUUAUUAUCAUUAACUAUUUAUGAUUUUAAACAAAAAAUAACAUUAAAUCAUCCAACUAAACUAAAUUCUAAAGAUCAACAUUUGAUUUACUCAGGAAAAUUAAUUGUUGAUAAAAAUAUACUUAAUCAAGUAUUUAAUAAAAAUCAUCAAUUGUCAACAACAACUUCAACAGUAAAUUCACCAACUGCGAAUAAUAAUGAAUUUGAUCAAGAAAAUGAUCUAUUAAGAAUAUUUCGUAUUUUAAUUGAAAUUUUUCUACUUUGUUCAAUUAUUUAUGUUUAA